GGAGAAACUGCGAAGAACAAGGUACCAGUUAAUAGCACCUCUAGUACAGAACUCUCGGAAGCUGCUUUGGUUCGCAUCACCAAAUUUAUCAUUAUCUAUAAAAAGACAUUGGAAUUGCAUUAUCCAAUAAAUGAAUCAAACAAAAACAGAAACGGACGAGUAUUCAUCACACUUUCAGGUACUAACAAACAACAGAGCGGGAGACGAAAACCGCUGGCGCGAAAGAGGAGAAGGAAAAAACGGAAACGAACUCGAACGAAGGAACGAAGCUGCUGCAAAAACAAUUUCGACUGGAGGAACUAGCUACAACUAGCGAAUCAUCUUGAAGAACUUCUGGGACUUCAAGAACAACCGACCACAACGAUCGAUCAUGCCCCGCCCGAAAAGCUUUGUGAGUGUGGCCGGGUCCCUACGAAAUUGUUACAGAUCGUCUCAUCUCCCUCGGGAUUUCGCUCAUUUGGUACUACGGCAUUUUAAACAUUCUAUGAAUCAGAGCCAGUAUAAUUUGGAAGCUCUCAUGCGAAAAUCAAAAUUCCCAAGCGGGAUCGGAUCCGAUAUGGAUCAACGACCACGGCGAAUUGUAGUGGAAUUUCAAUUUCUUGCGUUUUGAAUUUGAUUGUUGUUCUGCAUGAAAAGAAAUACAAAUCAGCGAUGAAACGAGGGGCACGAGGUGAUCUACACUUUCAUAAUCCGCGGUGUCCCUGUUGGCGACGCCGGUGCUCGUGGAGGCCACGCCGACGGAAGCUAUGGGUGGGAAAUGAAGUUGGCUUUGGCAUGAUUUUUUUCAUCGCUUUUUGCAUGCCAAAGUAAUUUUUCGUAGCUAAUCUGCGCAUCAGAAAUUGCAAGAAAUUACGGAAAAUCUAAAUCAUCCAGAGCCAGACAGCUAAUUUGUGUUGCAUAAAAGACAAGUACGCGUUCCUGGAGGAGUACCACGACGAGGUGGACGAGGAUGCUAUGCAAAUGAUGAAAAACUACUUACACAUUUUCAUUUUCCCCGAGAGGAGCAGGUGUUGAUGUACUUACUGGUAAACAUGUGCUGGAAUAAAGCAGCUUGUAUAUUAGCGUGUGCUGGAAUUAUAUAUAAAGCAGCUUGCAUAGCGUCUCUCUGAAGAGUCUCCAUGUUGUGCGGGCCAUAGAACACAAAAAGACAUGUACUAUCCACCUGUUCUGGGACGCCGCCGUGCUCUUCGAUGUAGUUGUAGUAGUUUUAUUGCACUUCCAUACCUACCUUGGCCUUCGAACGCGCCAAGAUGAAGCAGGCGGGCUUGCUAUCCAAGGGAAAACGGCUAUCGCGUUACUCUGGCUUUCUAGCAUACCAAUACGGACAAGCAUCACUGUCUUCUUGCAGGGAAUACGACAAAAAAAACCGCGAUCAGUUCAUGAAAACGGAAGCAGAAUCGAUGAGCAUGUUGAGAUUUUGUGGCAGUUGCAGUACAGUCCUUGGUUCUCGACGUUGUGUGCAAGGAAUAUACAAAAAAGCACAAGUACCUCGAUCAUCGUCUUGUUGUGAAUGUACAAGAACUAUAGCGGAAGAAUUUGAAUUCGUCAUGCUUCGCUGGUGACCGAAGCAAGAGAUAGCAAGAUGCGUAGACCGCACAGAUCUUCGAAGUAGCGAUGGCCGUUUUCCUAUGCAUACUUCAAGGUGCCCGGCGUGGCGACGGGAACCGGUCGCACGGGGUCGAAAGGCUACAAGGGCGGACGGUUAUGGAACUAAAAUUGUAUCGUCAACUUGCACUUUGGCAAGCCGUGUGGUUUAUUUGUCGUGCAUGAAGAAAGACGAACCCGAGGCAGCACAGCAAGAAUAGAAAUACAAAUAGAAAAAAGACCUAUCAUGGGGAGCCGCAGGAGACGCUGCAGGCGGUGAAAUAGGUGGGCUAGGCACGGAACAUUGAUUAUGUAAUGUGUAGGAGAAAAAGAUGGACAAAGAGAAAGAGCAAGAAAGGCUGAAGCAUGAGGAUUUUAUCUUCGUGAGGUAGAUACAGGACGAGAGGUCUAUUUUCUAUCGACCAAUACGACGCUAAAAGUGAUAAAUUAACAUUGAAGACGAAAAUAAUUGCUGCAUGACAAAAACUACCAAUACCACACGGCUAGCCUUUUCGUGUUGGAUAAAAUCGUCGCAAGAACCGGAGGAACAAGUACUGCAAAUUCUAAUUCAAUUUCUAUGCAAGGUUUCAGAGAAUAUGCGUAUUUCUAGAACUGCAACUGCACCAAAAGCCAUGUCCCAGGCUGCUAGAAUGAAGCACCUGUCAUCUUCGUACGGGUCAACCAUUUAUCUUGUGAAAGUAAGUCUAAAAGUCUUCAAUUUGUCAUGCGUGUGCGACCCUUUGUACGCUGAGCUGACCACUACCGCCGUACUUCACCGAUGUCAUGUGUGUGGUUCCUGCACCGGAAAAACAAACUAAGCCGCGUGACUGGAUUACUUAUUACCUGUACGAGGAAGAUACACAUGAUGAUCCACCCAUAAUUGCAGGUCGGGGCGCAAGAACAAGAAGACCGACGCUGGCGAGGGGGACGUGGGUGCUGGUCAGGCCGUAUCACAGAGAGAAAAUCGAUGUAGUGCCACGAAAAGGACAUUUCUCACACACAGGAAAAUAUGGACAGAAAAACACAUCAUCACAAGUGUCUUGCAUUUGCAGUUGCAGGUCCACCUUCACGUGCACGUCUGCCGACCCGCAUGAUUCUGUUUUGAUGUAUAGAUGCGUGAGAAAUUUCAUCUGUUUCGUAGUAGAACUACUACUUCUCUUCUUCAUAUUAAGCUGCUGGUCCCGCUCCCGCUGCGCAACAAGAACCCGCCUCGUCGUCUUCUGCUUUUGUGGAGAAGAAGGCGGAAGAACCGUCUGCCACGGCCCCCAAAGCCGACGUGCCUGCCGCCACCGCCGACCCGCCCGCGGCGAACGCUGUGCCGGGGAAGGAAGCGGCUUCUUCCUCGACCGCCUUCCUGGAAAAGCAGGACACACCGCCGGCGAAAGAAGACGCGACGAAGAUGAAAUCGGCCAAUUCUGAUGGUGGACAGAAACCAACCGAGGCCGAAAAGACGGCUGAAAAAGAAGCUGUUCCGGCCACGGCCGCUGCUGCGCCUGCGUUUUUGGAGAAGAAGGACACGCCGGAAACUGCGGACGCCGAAAAAAUGAUGCCCAAGAAAACCCCUGACGUGUCGGCGAUCGGCAAACCCCCGGUCACCUCCGGGGGCUCCGGCGGGUGGCAGAAAAUCGAAGGGGCGACUGGGGAGAACGAGAGUGCUCAAGCAGUGGAAACGGUUCCCCGCUCCUUGCUUGAUGUAACCCAAGGUUCCAUGGACAUGAGUCGCGGUACUGGUGUGCCUCAGCAGGAGGGCAUCAACGUCGACACGGAGCUCAACGCCGCACAACAACAAACUCAAAAAGAGAGAGAACUUGGGAGUAUUGCGGCGUUAACAGCAAGGAUGCAAGCGCAGGUCACCGGGGAACAAAACGAGAAAGCUUCGGAGGAGCAAGCAAACGAAAGAAUGACAGCCGUGGGUGACCGUGCCGUCCGUCCCAUGCUGCAACAGCUGGAAGAGAGGUUGAAGCUGUUGGACGACGCAGAGCAGCGCACUGAAGAAAAAAUUGCAGCAGAACACAAGGAAAUACACAACGAGGCAACGGCAGCUUCCGUCAAAGCGACAGACAGCUUGCAGAGCGUUUUGGCUUUUCUUAAGCAGGUCGGCAGUCAGUUGGAUAAAGAUGCCAACGCACUUCCGGUCCCAAACCACCAAAAGGAGAAUAAGAAACAAGGCGAUGAACUCGAGAUCGACGAAAACCUGUUUCACAGAGUACAGAGUGCGAUAGAUGGCAGUAACCUUGUGGUGUCCGACACUGUUCGCGAUAAAGAGGCAAUGCUAAUGGGCAAGCUUACUGAACUCCACAACAAUCAUGUGCAUUUGGUUGAAGAUGAGCAAAAGGCCAGGGGAGGCGAACAGGAAAGCCGCAGAAUCUUGCAGGACCCUAGAACCUACUUUGAAUCCGCUACUACGGCCUUAAACAUGGCAAUCAAACAUUUGGAAGACAAAAUGGGUAUUCAAGGCGGGGACACGAAUCAUGCACGGAAGGCGAGCAAUUCUAUUGUUCCUGCUGCUACUGGUGCCCGUGCGCGUGCCCAUCUGCGCGAUUCUAUUGCUCCCCUUCCGGAGCCGGACGACAAUGCUUUUGGUGAUCAUGCUGAACACAACGAUGGCACUGGGGCAGCAUCGCCAUUGGGCGCGGGCAUCAAUGCAUGAUCGGGUGCUUGAGUCCGAAGGAUACAUAAGUAAGAAAUCGAGUGUGCCUUUAUACAUGAUAUACAAGAAAUUGAAAGAUGCGGUGCCCAUGUGGUGCGAGUGGUUUAUAUCCGAAUCAGUAUGGCUACCUCCCAGUCCUCUAAAGAAAAGUUUUUUCUACGAAGUCAUGACAUCAUCCACAUUGUAUCAAUCUCUUCCACGCUGUGCCCCAAGUGAAGGAAACAGAGACGGUGCAGUGCAGCAACGCCGUUUUCUUUUCACGUUUUUGCAAAAUUAAUAGAACAUCAGAGGAGAUUUAGAUUUAUUUUCGACCACCCUCCAGUUGCACAUUCUAAUUCUAUUUAACCUUCACCUAAACUAACCCAAAGAAAGCCGGGCAAGCUAGCAGUCGGCAUUUAUUGGAGCAGCAGCUCCCCCUUCCAUCGGCAUCCCGACAGGUUUGCUUUCUUGCACCCUGUCCGCGGGGUGCUAGUAAGUGGAGUCUGUGUAUUUGAAGGCAACUCGUUGCGCGUUACAUCAUGACCGGACAAAAAUGAUGAAUAACAAGGAUGUACUAGAGGUCUGCACCGCGUCAGCGAUCGUCGCUGCUGACAGCCUUAGUGCUUAGUCAGCGCAUAUAACAAGGGUAAGGAGCGCGCGUCCUCUGAAUGCACACUCCAGCUUGUUUCGUAAGUUGUUGCAGGCACCAGAGGUACGACCAGCAGCGCAGUCACUCUAUUCCUAUAUUCAAAUUCUUAUGGAGCAGGAGCGCUCGCCACCAAGGUCAUGACUGUAAUUCGCUCACGAACUACAAGAAGAGGCGCCUGUAACUGUCGUGUUUUCUGUUUCCCUAAGUAGAAGAACAGAGUAUGUCAGAAACAGAAGCUGAGGCGAGCAGAACAAGUUGGUCCUUGUUCGAGGACCACAAAUUAUUAAGUCGCUUGCGCGACGGCGACACGCAGCGGAGACAAGUCAUCUCGACUUGCUCGACGCACAAUUUAUGCAGGACCUAGUCGACCACGUAUACGUAAGCGUAAUGGAGGAGAUUUACGAUUACAACGCUAUGGAGAUAGAAUAGGUCGGCUGCAAAAAAUAAAAAAGACCCUGGAGGAGAACCGCACAACACCAUGCACACCUCCAGCGGUUAGUUUUUUGUUCUUUUAUUUUCGGCUCUUACAACUACUCAAUUUUGUUUGCGAUUUUACAGUUUACAAUCUCGACCGUAUGACUCACCAUAUCUUGAUUUCUUCCAAAUUCAGAGUGAACUUGUUUUAUUCAUUGCAGACAACUAUUCACUUUUCUUUUCUUUGGCAUAAAAUCCCUAUCGGCAUUUGUUCUAACCCCACUACAUAUAAUAAACUCGCCCAAUAAAACGCGACACGCUCCUCCAUGAGCAUGAUUUUCCAAUAAGUCCAAGCUGUGUAGAAGUGGUUUGAGGAGUAUUAAUAUCGUGCAGAAAAAUCGCCCCUACUCGUCCCCACAUAGCACUUCAGUUGCUCGAUUUGUUUACACAAUAAGGCGCUUGCAUUCAAAGAAACUACUGGGCGCGAGGACCACGACUCAUGAGGCAUAUUAAACGAUUGAGUAGUGAUUGGUCAUGCUAGCCUGCACAAGGACAACGACCAGGGGGCGUGCUCCUUCGCCUUAGCGCUGUGUACUACGAGUGUCAAAGUCAAUCAUGAUGAUGGUAUUGAACACGCAAAGCGCUCUGGUGCAGGACACGAACAGUCCCCGUUCUGGCGUCUGGCAUGACUGCAGGAUUCGAGCAGCAGGUCCAAGUCGCUUUCAAUGUGUGGAGAGGGGGGGAUUUUUCUUGUCGAUACAGAUUCUAUCGAGGAGUAGUUCUUUCCGAAGACCAGUCUCCAUCAAGGAGUUAGUUCCAAAUGGAAUUCUUUUACUAUGCACACUAUUCUGCUAAGGAAAAGCAAUAUUCUAAAGGAAUAUUUCUCUAUAGGAGUAGUGGUCUGAGGAGCAGUAUUCCACGGAGUCUUUACGUACUAGACUUUGAGGAGUACACUACAGCUUAAAAGCAUUCUAAGGAGCAGUCUCAGAAGCAGGAGCAUCUUCUUGAGGAAUAUCAGUACUUUAAGGAGUAGUCUGUCGCCCCCAACGAUAGACUUUCUUCCAGCUUGACUAGUAUCGAAGAUUUCUGUAACUUUUCUUCUGUAAAUUCAAUUUCAAAUUUUACAUACUUGUACUAUCUAUCAAUCUCAACUCAAAAAAAUUCGUCAAAGGCUCUUCGUAUUUGAAUUUCAAUCAGUGUCAACUAUACCGAGUCUCAAUUUGAGUACCUCAUGAUUUUUACUCAAAUGGUAAACAGAUUUAACAAUCGAGCAAAGGACCCAGCACUGCUUUCGAAUUGAUCCUUGCAUGUGUAUUGUUAAACUUCAUCUUGAAUGUUUAAAAGAUCCAUUGCGAUCAUAUUGCUGUUGCAGCGAAGGCAAGCAAAAACGCCUAUAAUACGUAGCAAAGUUUCGUGAGAAGCAGAAGCUAGUUUACCAGGAUUGCUAUAGCCAGCUCUUUCACGACCGUGAGAUGUGACAUCUUAAUGUCGGUCCAACCUGAGUUGUCGUUGUAAAAGACGGUAGUUUUGACUAUGACGAACUCACAGGCUCCUGCUUUGUAGAACGCAUACUGCUGCACGCAAUCAUCCCUUUGGCACGAAACAAAAGGAAAACGAGAGUUAUCAUAUACUUCCGGAUUCUUAAUCUUACAUUAUUUUCAC